AUGUCGUACGCUUAUUUAUUCAAGUACAUUAUCAUCGGAGACACAGGUGUUGGGAAAUCUUGUCUUCUUCUGCAGUUCACUGACAAACGCUUUCAGCCAGUCCACGACUUGACCAUUGGCGUUGAGUUUGGGGCUAGAAUGAUCACAAUUGACAACAAACCAAUAAAGUUACAGAUUUGGGACACGGCGGGCCAAGAAUCAUUCAGGUCUAUUACGAGGUCUUACUACAGAGGUGCUGCUGGGGCACUUUUAGUUUAUGAUAUCACAAGGAGGGAAACUUUUAACCACCUUGCUAGUUGGUUGGAAGAUGCGAGGCAGCAUGCAAAUGCAAACAUGUCCAUAAUGCUGAUAGGAAACAAAUGUGAUCUGGCUCACAGAAGAGCUGUAAGCACAGAAGAGGGCGAGCAGUUUGCCAGGGAACAUGGCUUGAUAUUCAUGGAAGCCUCCGCCAAAACAGCUCAGAAUGUUGAAGAGGCGUUUAUAAAAACAGCCUCAACUAUCUACAAGAAAAUUCAAGAUGGGGUUUUUGAUGUAUCAAAUGAGUCUUAUGGAAUCAAAGUUGGAUAUGGGGGAGUUCCAGGACCUUCAGCAGGAAGAGAGGGAGUGCCGUCUCAAGGAGGAGCAUGUUGCAGUUGA